AUGGUACGAAGGAGACCACCACCACCAACAGCCUCGCCCGCGAAUCCAACAUCCAAGGCAAAGGAUUACACGACGCACCGUGAGUACCAAGUGCAAGAUGAGUUGGACGAAUUAAGGAACCGAGGAGUCGCCAAGUUUAUGAAUCGGCAUUUCACAGAAACCUCCAAGAAACUGGCUCAAGAAAAAGCUGAAGCUGAUGCUGCCUUGGCAGAUUUGGAGCGUCGUAGAGCCCAGACUUCCGAGUUUGUGCCUUCCAAUGGUGGGGAACUGAAUCCGUUUGACAGCUUGUAUGUUGAGUUGCAACAAAAGAGAUCAGAUUGCCGGAGAAAAGAACGAGAAACUAUGCUGCUAUAUCAACGCUACGUUCACAAAUUCCAGAAGAAUAAGAAUGCAGCUGCUAAUUCCAAGACUAUAGACAGGAAGGCUACUCCUCCGGCCGUGCAAGAAGAAGUGGAUGGAGACUUUACGGAUGACGAACUUGACCUGGAUGACGAACUUGAACUGGUCCACGAAACGCCACAAAAAAAUCCACGAGAAGGCGUUAAUGUUUCUAUUGAUGAAUCGUCAACCCCUGAAGCUGCAGCUCCACCGCCUUCCCCGCCUCCCGCUGCACCUGUACAAGAUCCACCUGGUGUGUCUCUACGCAGUGCAUCUCCAACACAUGAAGAAGAAGAAGUUUUGAAAUCAACGGUAGAGGAAAAGAAAAUGCCUGACCUGCCAGAUAUGAAAUCAAAAUCGAUGCCUUCCACUGUCCCAGAAGACAUGUCUGUAGAACAAGAACCAGUCGAGGUUAAGGACGAACCAAAACCGCAACAACAAGAGCCUCCAGAAUCUAGUGCACCUGUUAAUGAAACCUCCAUGGUAGAGGGUACCGACGAACCUGCAACCGACCCUGUGGAAACAUCACCUGCUCCGGUUAUGGAAGCGCCGGAAGACGAGGAGGAAGAAACAGCGGCUACACCCAUAUUGAACAGUGUUUCCUCCGAAUCCUUUAGUGUCAACCGUCCUACAGCUGAGGUCACUGCUGGUGAUUUCCCACCUGGGGCUGCAUCGGACGAAGACUCGGACGAUGACGAUAAAUCGGUUAUUUCUGGACUUACGACUGUCAAUUCGGCUCUUACCCGUCAAGUCAUGGACAAACUUGAAAGUGAAAUGGAAUUCUUUAUCAAGAAUGAAACACAAGCCAUUCAAAAGUUGCUGGACGAAGAAGAGGAAGGAGGUCUCAACAUGAGCUUUGGAGGAUCUCGUAUCUCGAGUGACGCUAGUGUUACCUGUGACAAGUCGGUUGUGGCAUCGCUCAAGGCAGAACAAAUGGCGGAAGAAAUGCAAAAGAUGUUGGAGCAGUUUGCAAACGACGAAAAGUCUUCCGUUGGAUCACCCGAAUCACCUGAUGGGGACGAAAACAAGAAUGCGACAUCUUCCACUUCCAUUAAUCAAAGUUUGUAUCCGCGAAAGUACAAGUCGCCGAAUCCAAAUGAAGAAUGGAUGGUGUAUUGGGAUGAAAAGUUCGAACGUGAAUACUACUACGAGAAGAACAGCAACAAGACACAAUGGGAGGCACCCGUCAUGAAGCUAGGAUUCACAGAUAAUCCAGAUUUUACACCAAAAGAAAUGCCAAAGAGAACAACCAAGUUGGUCAUUGAAAAGAAAUUGUCAAGGAGUGAAAUCUACAAAAAGAAACUCCAAAAGCGACGAAUGCAACGAGCUGCUGUCAUUUUUGUCAUUCUUGGUAGUCUGAUGCUAAGUGCAAUUCACUGGAAAACGAAUCAUGCAGGAAAAUCGUAUCCAGAUGCCAUGAAGGCAACCUAUUUCGAUCUCAAGGAUAUCUACGAAUAUACACUUACAAAUCGUACGGCCGAAGAGCAAGAAGCCGCCAACAUUGCUAGAAUGGAGAAAGUUCGAAAGGCAAGAGAGGCAGAAGAACUCGAACGGAAGCGUAAAGCAGCUGAGGCAGCCAAGGCGGCAGAAGCUGAAAGACUUCGGUUGGAACAAAAGAAGGCACAGGAAGAAGCCGAACGCAAGCGCAAAGCAGCCCAAAAAGCAGCCGAAGAGGCUGAAAAGAAACGUAUUGUAGCUGCUGCCGAGAAAAAGGCUGCGGCCGAAGAAAAGGCUGCCAAAGAAAAAGCAGAAAAAGCAGCAAGAGAAAAACGUCUCCGGGAAGAAGAAGAAGCGCGCCUACGAAAGGAGGCAGAAAAACAACGCAAGGCCGCCGAAGAAGCUCGCCUGGAAGCAGCAAGGCUUGAAGCAGAACGACUGGCAAAACAAGAAGAGGAAACGAGACGGCCAUGGGGAUGCAACCUCCCCUUUUCACAUAUUGUCCACGGCCACUGCCGAAAACUGGCCAAGACCAACCCAAUCUACCGUGAAGAACAUUUACUGAAUUCGUUCCUACAGUAA